ACGACUGCUUCCAACGCGCGUUCACGGAGUGGGAAUGUGCGCGUGGGCCUGCAGAGGGAGCUGCGCGCGCUCCACUGAAGCGGCGCUGUGUGAACAGGACAGUCCGGGGUCUCGCGCUCUCACACAAGGCCUACUUCCGUCAGCGCGCCGCUCUCGGAAAAACCAAAUUUACACAAAAUAUUGAUCCUGUUUCCAGUCGAGCGAGCCGAGAAGCCGCGUUUCUACAUUUUCUAACACGGCUUCAGUCAGUUCAAGGUGGAUUGACCUGUCAUGAAUGAGCCGAUCGAAGGCGGUGCGAUCUCGUUCGACGAGUAUGUGCGGCAGAAAGCUCGCACCAUACCCCAGCACCGGAUGAAGGAGUUCCUGGAGUCGCUGGCCACCAAAGGCCCCGAGAUCCUGCAAGAGUUCAGCCAGCAGACCAGUGGCACCACCACUACCAUGGUGUACCAACAGGGGGCCAACUGCAUCUACACCGACAGCACAGAGGUGGCAGGGUCGCUGCUCGAGCUAGCAUGCCCAGUGCAGGUGACCUCUACUCAGAUCUCGCCACAGCUGGCUGCAGCUGUGCAGCAGGCGUCUGAGCAGCAAAUUCAAGUCCAGGUGCAGAUCCAAGGUGAGCAGGGUCAGACAGUUGGUCAGGUGCUGCAGGUGGCUCCUCCUACCCAACAGCAGCUGUCAGGGGUCACAACACAGCUGGUGCAGCAGGGUGAACUAACUGAGGAACAACAGCAACAGAUCCAGGCUCAGUUGGUGGCAGCCGUGGCCGGAGGUCAGCAAAUCCAGAUCCAGACAGUGGAGGCGCUGUCUCCUCCUCAGGCCCAGCAGCAGGGUUCAGAACGCGAGGCAGAGCGUCGCGCCGGAGCGUCACCAGGUGUCCUGCAGCCAGCUAAGAAGCGCAAGGUAGACGUGCCUGCCGUAGUGUCUUACCAGCUAGCACAGGGUCAGCAGCUAGCCACCGUACUGGCCAUUCCCCAGGGUCAGCAGCAGAGUUACGUGUCGCUGAGGCCAGAGCUCCUGACUGUAGACAGCGCACACCUGUACGGCACCGCGACAGCCGGCACCAUCACGGGGGCAUCAGGAGAGACCUGGACUAUCCCGGUGUACCAGCAGCAGCAGGGUGUAGCACACAUCGCCAUCCCACAGGACGCCUACAGCACGGUGCAGGUGCAGGACAAAGAUAAAGACAAGAUGGCGACGGUUGGUACGGCCCAGGUUGCAGGUGCGGUGGCGGUGCCUGUGUCAGGCUCACAGGAGGAGGUGGUGCACUCUCUCUUCCCGGCACAGUUCAUGAACGGAAACAUCCACAUUCCAGUGGCGGUCCAGGCAGUCGGGGGAGGCUACGCAGGCACCACCCAGGCGCUGCACAUCUGGGACCCGCAGCAGCAACAGCAGCAGCAUGGCCAGGAGGCUGAAACUCAGGAGCAACAGCUCCAUCUGCAGGCGGAGGCAGAGCCACAAGCUGAAGCUCCUCCUGAGCUGCUUCUUCCUACAGUACUAAAGCCCGAGGAAGGCCUGGAGACCUGGAGGCUUUGGGUGCAGCGCAAAAACGCAGAGCUCGACAAGAACGAACAGAACAAGUUGGCACCAAUUGGCCGCCGCCAGCCUCUGCGUUUCCGAGAGGACCUGGUCUCCAGUUCAGUGGGCGAGCUUAAUGUGGCUCUGUCUCUCAUGACCCAGGAGGCUCGUGGUUUAGAAGGGGAGACGUUUGAACCCGACGCACUAUAUUACGUCUUCUUAUGCAUACAGAAAUACAUGUUCGAGAAUGGCAGGGUGGAUGACAUAUUUUCAGACCAGUACUACUCCCGCUUCUCCCAGUGCCUACACAAAAUCCUGGAGGAAUGGAGACCCAGCGUCCAUCCGCUAGGUUAUAUCAUCCCCAGUCAUGUGACAGAGGAGAUGUUGUGGGAGUGUAAACAGCUGGGAGCUCAUUCUCCAUCUACUUUACUCACUACACUAAUGUACUUCAACACCAAGUAUUUCCACCUGACUACGGUGGAGCAGCAUAUGAAAGUGGCCUUCUCUAAAGUGCUCCGGCACACCAAGAAGAACCCGACCAACCCAAAAGACAAGAGCACCAGCAUCCGCUACCUGAAAGGAGUCGGCUCUCACCAUGUCGGUCAGAAAGUGACAGAUGAUAUGUACGCGGAGCAAUCUGAGGAUCCAGACAAUCCACUUCGUUGCCCCAUCAAGCUCUAUGACUUUUACCUCUUCAAAUGCCCUCAGACUGCCAAAGGCCGGAAUGACACAUAUUACCUGACGCCAGAGCCUGUCGUAGCCCCGAACAGCCCUAUAUGGUACUCGACCCAGCCAAUCACGAGCGAGCAGCUGGAGCAAAUGCUCACACGCAUCAUGGUGGUGCGGGAAAUCCAAGAAAUAAUCUCCAUCACGCAGGCCAGCAUUCAGUGAGGGAAGAUGAGGGAGAAGGAGAGAGAGAGAAAGAGAGAUGGUGAAAGAAAGGUUUCCACCUCCGAGCUCCUCCGUCCUCACAGCCUCACCGCGACUCAGUCGCUCACAAACUCAAAAGGAGGGAAUGUAGCCAUCGCUGUGUCUCCUCGUGCUCCGUAUUUACACAACCUGAAGCACGCACCAGUGGUGGAACAUGGGCAGAGGAGGCAACAAUACCUACAUCUACUUACGCUCUGUAAACAAUUUUGAGUAGGGUUUAAAACUGAGGAAAUUCAACAUUCUGGCAUCGACUGAUUGCUAACUCUAAAAGGAAAUCAGCAUCAGUUUACUAAUUAACGAAAUACAACAGAUGUUCAGUAGUCAUCCUUUGCUUUGAGCUUGCUGUUUGAUUUCAGUGUAUAAUUCUGACAUGGUUCAGAGUUCAAACAUUAGCAUGAUCAUUGUAUGUCGCUUAAUUGGAUUUCUUUGGAGGUUUGUUAUAAAACUGCACUACUUUGCAUCAUGGCCUCGAUGCUUUCUGAAAUUGCAGUGAAAUUAAUCACUCACACACACACACACACACACACACACACACACACACACACACACACACACACAUAUAUAUAUAUAUAUAUAUAUAUAUAUAUAUAUAUAUAUAUAUAUAUAUAUAUAUAUAUAAAAAUAUAUAAAUCCUUGUAAACUGACUAACGACUAAUCUUUAUCCACCGCUUCCAUAAACCUCUAAUUUUGGGAGGUGCCUCCUCUGACCAGCCGCCACUGGAAGACUGAACUGAACCGAACUUGCAAGCCUUUUUUUUUUUAUUUUAAUAAAGAUAUUACUUAAUCUGUUCAUGUGAUGCCUGUUGGCACUACACACCGUUAACGUGCAGUUUCUCUUCGCUAGCUGUCGCUCUGUCAAAUAUGUACCCCCUUUGUUUCACACUCACCAUCUAACGUCAUUUAUUUUCCUCACUUUUUUACCCCCCCAAUUUGCUUGUUCUUUUGCCAUUGUAACUGGGAGAGGCGAGGAGUGUGUGAUUAGACUGGAGUCAUCUCUGCAAGAGGUUAAAACACAGGUUCUUUUGGGGGAGCCCCUUACACACCCUUGACUUGGCAGGAGCGCAGUCAAGACACUUUGAGAAGUGUACUCUACACAGAAAGACUUUUUGGUCUUCAUUUUUUUUUUUCUUUCAUGUUUCGUUUUUAUUUUUUUUAUAUAUGCAUCUAUGGUAAUCUGAUAUGUAUUGAUAUUAUAGUGGUGCUGGAGACUGAAGAAUUGAAGCCUGUGUUUUCAAACAUGCCUUUUGUACAGUGAGGUCCCUGUAA